CUCAACAUCUGCAAAACAAACAAAAAAGAAAUGGUGGUGGACUUCAGGAGGGAACAGCUGUUAUCCUACUCUCUUCAUUUGGUUGUGAUCCAGUAGAAAGAGGGGUGGCUAUGCAGAGAAAAUGCCACAAACUCAUUUUUAGUGUCUGUAAAAAUUGAACUUGAAAUCAAAUGUAAAGAAAUUAGAAACAACCUUUCUGAUUUUUCUCAAAUCAGAGUGAAAAGUAACCAGGUCUACUCUGGUACUACAAAAAGACAAUCCGUGUUGAAGAAUUAAGAAUUUUCACCAAAAGUAUAAAAAAUAGUUUAGAAGACGUUAAAACUUUACGUUUGCUAAAAGUUUAUUGUGUAUUUCCGGUUUCAAAAUUUAAAACACCCGUUUCCCUACAGGUCGAAGUGGCGGUUCCUGUCGAUACCACAAGAGGGCAGUAUUGUACCACACGUCAAGGGGAAAUAAAGAGGCGGGGCUUUUGGGGAAACAAGGAAGUGGGUCUGAUUCACUGCGCAGGUGCGCCGCGCCGGUUUCGAGCGGGCCCGUUUGAAAACAAAGAUGGAGUUGAUAUCUGCACUGCAAUUUUUGCGGUUAAACGAAAUUCCCAAAGACUGGGUGGAUGCCGUGUGGGACCUGGAGUUCACCGAGGAGAAACCUCUAGAUGACUCCAUAGAGGAAGAGCUCCACGCCUGUAGAGAAGAUGCCUUCAGAACCCUGUACCACUGUUUAGUCGUCCACGCGGCUGACCAGCAGCAGUCUGCAGACGCAGCUUCACUGAACGUCUGGGCGAUUCUUGGAGAAAACGGGGUUUCGAUCAAGACUCUGGUUGCUGUGCUGUCCUUGUUUGUCCUCGUGGCUAAAGCUAAAGAUGCCACCACACAGCAGCGGGUUAACGGACUCUAUUCUGCCUCGCUCUACCUGCUGCUGCUGGGGAUCCCAGGAAGCAUCGCCAACAAGGUUUUCCAUGAGGUCUUGUUGGACACAUGUUGCGAUCUGACCUGCCUCUGCUGGCCUCACGACGCUGGGAAGAAGCGCAAAAAGGAAGGUCAGAAGGGCUCCAGGGGAAAAAGCAAACGCUCCAAACCUCAGCAGAAGGAGCCUUCAGAGAUGGAGGUGGAUGAAGAAGAAGGAGUAGAUUUCUCUGGGUGUGAAUUGGUGAAGAUCAGAAAUGCUGUUGCUGUCCUGGUUCAGAGCCUCCUCAGGCUCCUGCAGACAUUUCCACUGACCAAUACGCUGCAAAGCGCCGACAACUGCACUCGGAUCUUCAUUAAGCUGCUCUACUUUGAGCCUGUCGUGGGGGAGCUGACCCUUGCUGCUCCAAGAGAUGUUGCUGAGCUGAGGAGCAUCCCUGAAAUGGCUUUCUAUGGCCUCAAACUGUUGUGCGACCCCAAACAUGGAGACCAGAAAAAGUCCCUCAGGAGGCUGUUCCACCAUCUUCUCUACGUGAUCCUGAUGAUGGAUAAAAGCAGCGGAAGACAACCAUCUCCUCUGGUUCUGAACCAGUCCGUCAUCAGCACCCGCAACCAGGCCAUCCAGUUUGUUUGUCACUGUGUGGAAGAGCAGAAAGAGCUGGCUCUGCCUUUCCUUCAAAUCCUCCUGGAGCACAUCUGCUUUCAGAUGGUGGAGAAAGCUGAGUUUAGAAGCAAUGGAGCCCAGGCAGUAGGUAUGCUAACAUCGGAGAUGUCCAGUACAGACUACGCCCGCUUUGUCAAGUGGCUGUCUACCUGCUCCAGAGCCACAAAGAUGGUGCACCGGCUGUUCUCUGUGGACGUGGUGAUGGUCCUGCUGAAGCAGCCUGAGAGGAGCCCGAAGGAGUGCCAGGAUCCAGAGCUCACUGGCUUCCUGCCACACAAGUUUCUGAUCCAGGAUCUGCUGUUUGCUCGACGGGUGGACGCGUCGCCCACCGUCCAAGGCCACGCCCUUUCCUGUCUGGCUCAGUGUCUGGAGCUGCCUUCGCUCAACGCCACCCAGGCUGUCCACAACCUCUUCUCUGCAACCGGGAAUCCAACCAUACUGGACAGUGAACUCCCAGAAGGAACCGUCAGAUGCCAGAACACUCAGAAAACCUUCCAGACUUUGCCGUUCAGGACGGUUGACCUCAGCAGUGCUAACAGCUCUGCCUCUGAUGCAGCUAAAGAGAACGUAGCUCUUCUUCUGUGUCGUGUGAAAGACUCCAGGACCAACGUGAGAAAAGCAGCUUUGCAGGCCGUGUUGGGUCUACUAAAGUACAACGUGAUCCCUCUGACCUGGGAGAACCUGGAGACCCUGGCUGAGCGCAGCAGGGACACGUCUGUGUCUGUGAAGAAGAAGGCCUUGCAGUGUGUCGGAGAGCUGCUCGUGGCUAAACCCGAGAGCCGUUUAGUCCAGAAGGCGUGGCUGCUGGGCGUGCUGCCUGCGGUGAUGGACUCUGAGGACUCUGUCCAGCAAAAGGCUUUAGAAGCUCUGGAGCAGGUGCUGCUCAGCCAGGUGAAGCCUUACUCUGCCAGCUGCCACGUGGACACCAGUCAGAAGUUAUGCUGGGACCUGCUGGAGCUGCUGUCUCAAGAGUGCAAGAACCUCAGCCGAUAUUUCAGUCGGGCCUUCUCCAUCUGGUCCAAACAGGAGAAGUUCACACGGGCGCUCAUCACUAACCUGAUCUCACACACUGAGGCGGAUCAUGCUGUUGGAGCCUGGCUGUUGCUGUCCAAGGUCGUGUUUUCGUCCCCACGAGUGUCGUACAAUAAGAUCCUGGACGCCUGGGACAAAAUGAUCACGUCACAGGACAUGAAUGUGACCACCUGCUGUCUCAUCCUUUCUGUAAUGGGAGACAUCGCUGCUCAUUUAAAUAACGACACCAAAGACAGGAUCGUUGCUGAUCUGAUGACCUGGUUGAAGACCUUCAGCUUGCGUCUGGAGGUGAUCAGUGCUGCCUUGGAGACGCUGUAUCAUUUUGGCUCCAGGCAGGAUGUGGAACAAACUCAGGACUUCCUGAAUCACCACUGUGGGGAGCUGUUGUCGACCUGCGAGGCUUACCUAACCAGCAUCAUCCUCCGUGAACAUGGAGAUGAGAACCUGAUGAUUAAGCACCUCCACACUCUGGGUGUGGCGUCGCUCCACUGUCCUGCAAAGGUUAGCAAGAAGACCAUCCUGCUGGUGGAGUCUCUGCUGAUUCCUGUUAAACCUGCAGAAUACCAGGAGGAGCUGCCAGCAUCACUUCCUCUGUCUCAGUUCAAACAGAACUCCAUGCCCACCAGAGUCAAAGCCCACGGAGUCCUCGCUCUGGGUAAGCUGUGUCUGCAGCAUGAAGACCUGAUCCCAAAGUACCUGCCGGUGUUGGCUAGGGAGCUGGAGGUCGGUACCGAUGUUUCUGUACGCAACAACAUCGUGAUGGUGAUGUGUGAUCUGUGCAUUCGAUGCACCAACAUGGUGGUUCACUACAUCCCAAACAUCUCCGCGUGUCUGCGAGACGACAACUCCGUCAUCAGGGAGCAGACGCUCAUCAUGCUGACCAACCUGCUCCAGGAGGAAUACGUGAAAUGGAAGGGAUCGCUCUUCUUCCGUUUUGUGGUGGCGCUGGUUGACCCGGUUCCCACCAUUGCCAGCCUGUGUGAGUACUGCCUGCUCCACCGGCUGCUGAAGAAGAACCCGGAAAUGUUCAGCCAGCACUUCAUCGAGUGCAUAUUUCACUUCAACUCCUACGGCAAACACAAGUCCUACAACAAGUUCCCUCAGACGGAGAGAGAAAAGAUUUGGUUCUCGCUGAAGGGAGCUAAGCACCACGACAAACGCUUUCGGAUCUACCGCUUCCUGUUGGAGAACCUCACCGACGCACAACGCUUCAACAUCACCAACAAGAUCAACCUGACCGUUCUGGCAUGCUUUGCAGACGAGGAGCUGCCUCUGGAUGCAGACGGAGCAGAAAUUUUGUCUGAGACGUUCCAGGUCUUGAGUCUGAAGGAGAUGAAGCUGCAGAUGAUUUCAUCUCCUGAAGGAGAAGCAGGAGAAGAAGCGGAGGAGGAGAGCCCAGCCACCAUGGCCAAGGCCGUCAUGCAGGCUGCACAGAGGAAGGUAGUGUCCCAGGUCCACAAGAAGGCCUUCAUGAUGAACACAGCUCCUUUAAUCAUUAGUCUGAAGAGCCUGCUGGAGCAGAAGAGGUCUCCUGUCCUCCGAGACCUCAUGGAUUACCUUAAGGUGUUGAUGAAGGACAACCAUACAGAGGUGAAGGAGUUACUGGGAGACGAGCAGCUGGUGGCUGAAGUGGAGUUUGCUCUGAAGACGGAAAACGAGAGAUUGAUGCAGCAACUGAUGGACGGGUGCAGCCUGGCGGCGGACAGUCCGGGUUCAGCUCAGUCCCCCCCCAGCAGGCCGAGACCUCUCGAGCCGUUCAGGUUUGCCACGCCGCAGCAGAAGCGUCUGAACUCCACGAGCACCAGGAAGACGCGGAGCGAUUGUCACGUGCCCCCGUCAGGACCAGAAAAGCCAGUCCCGUCCAAGUCCGUGGCUCUGGAUGGAACAGGCAUGACUACAAGAGCCAUAAACAACCGAGCCUUCAGCACCCCUGAUGGAACCAGGCUGACUCUGACGUUUAACGAAGGCCUCAGCACCAUCCUGAGUGACCCGGCGUCGAUUGCUGCGGGGAGCCGCGAGGUUCUUGAUGUAAGCUCAGAGGAGCCGCGAGCUGGAGCGUCACGGCUGUGGAACGUCGAGUCUCCGCUCCGACUCAAGAAAAGGCCGACCAGACGCUAACCGUCAGAUUUCUGCUCCUUUGUUAUUAUUUUCACUUUGUUUUGUCUUUUGUGGUUUUUGGGUCAAUAAAUUCAUUUAUAAGA